UACUUCACCGUUGUCAAAUAGUCACGGAGUUGUAGUCACGAGCUGUAAUUGUUAUUUUGAUCACAAUCUACGAUGGUAGACGCUUUUGGGGCAAUUACUUGGUGGGGAUGUAGCCCUGCCCUGGAUCUACAACACGAAUUCUUAAAUUUGACAUCCAAAUUUAGAAAGUUAGAAGUAAAACAUGGAGAAGAUGAAAAGGAACCAGAUCAGUUUAAUAUUCUCCUGAUUGGUGCUGGAGACUGCAGACAUAUUCUUAAAACCCUGGCAUAUGCUAAAAGAUAUCCAAGAAAGAUGAUAAAUGUUUAUGUUGUAGAAAAUAACAUUGAACUCUUGGCUCGGCAUCUACUUCUCUUGUCAAUUGCUUUGGAGCCUAAAGAAAAACUUGGACUACAAGAAAAGACUGAGCUAUUUCUUGAGUUGUUUGGAAAUAGUCACAUACGACCCCAAACCAGUGAAUAUUUGCAAAACAUAUCAGCAGAAUUUAUAAGAAUGGUGACAGAUUUGGACUACCUUGAAGCUUGUUUACCAUGCUUUAACUUGUCACAUCUCAAGUUUUUUGACAGAGAUGUUUUGGAAGGAAUUUUUAAAUUUUGGAGAAACACUGAUGCAAAAUUAUUGGAUAUGCAGAAGGCAUGGGAAACAAGGGUUCGUGAGUAUCUUGCAGCUCGUUUCGAUUAUCGAGCCAAUGUUUUUGACUGGGAUUUUGUCAUGAAAUUGCAAAAAAUGGCUUCAGUUGUUAAUGAACAUGAAUACAAGAAUUGGCGUGAACAGGGAGUGGCUUUUAAACUCAGGGAAGACUCCACUUAUGAAGUAUCUAACAGAUGUUUGUCAUCUGAACUCGUAUUCAAAAAGUCUCAGGGGCCAAUAGCAAUCCGUGGUUACUGGGGAGACAUUGUUAACAGUCCCUAUAUCAGCUUUGGAAUUCAAUCUGAGGAGCAAAGACUAUUCAAAGUCAACAAUGGUCAGCAUAUUAAGACAGCAACUGAUGUUGCAGAGUUUAAUAUCACUGCAAUGAUGCAUGAACUGAUGACUGGAAAAAAGUACAGUCUUCCAAAUGAUGAAGAUAAGAAACCUAAAGUUCUMGAGGAAGCAACAUUUAAAGAGAUUAUUGAGGAAGAAGAAGAAGAAAAAGGGGAAGAAGAAGGACAUGGAGAAUGCCAAGGGGUGAAAACACAGGAGAAUAAAGAGCAAAAUAUAGAUAAUAAGGACUACCUCAAAAUUGACAGGUUCAAAAUCCAUUUCCAGACGUGCAAUCUUUUAUCAGACUUUCACAAAAGGCCCAAGUUUUCCCGCAAAUUUCACUGUGUUUACUUCUCGAACAGACGGGUCCAUUGUCUAAUCCCAGAAGUGAAGAAUGUAUUUGCUGAUAGAGCAGUGCUUUUCAUUGAAUCGACAAAGUUUAUGUUGGAUUUGGAUCCUAAACUUAAAAAAGAGUACAUGGAUAAAGCCAUUGGAAUGGCACGUGCUGCAGGAUGUGAGCCCACAAGAGAAUUCGAUGGCCUGCAGGAUGCCCAUGCAAUAUUUACCUUUGAUAUGAGAAAUCAACCAUCAUCGUGAGAAUAUUUUACUAACCUACACAUACGUGUACACCGCGGUGGUGGAUACUUGAGACAAAUGACUAUCGAACAAGGGGAAAAUAAAAGAAGCUACGCGUCAAAAAUAGAUUACAUGUGCCUUACGCUUUCCUUAUGCUUUCUUAAAUGAACGAAACUUGGAAGAGGCCUGCUGACUCGGGCAUCGCGGAAGCUAUGGAGUUGAUGGUGGUAGAAGAGCUAGUCUAUGGUUGAACAGUUAUGUGUGUGGGUGAAUUUAUAGACGCCGUACUGAACUCGGACGCGAUUGUGAGAGACUCGCCAGUGUGACAUUGGAUUUGUUUAAAAGAACUGUGACAUUUUUGGCAGUGAUUUGUGAUUAUCAUUUCUGAUUGAAUUAUUGCUUAUUUAUGUUGGUUGCCAAGAGAAUAUUUAACAAUUAUUCGCCGAAGGCGAAGUGAUUAUCGGGGAAUAUUCCCCAAUAAUCACUGAGCCUGAGGCAAAUAAUUGUUUUAGUACAAAUACACAGGUGAUUCUUUCAAAAAAAGAAGA